UGAACUUUAGAUAUGUACUACAACAAAUUAGCCAAAAGGACUCGGCAUUAUGGCUGAGUGAAAAAACACCAAGACCAAACAGAAAACUGCUGUAUUUGAAACAGGAACUCAUCCGCAACACAGAUAAGUGAAGAUGAGUGGAGUGAGUGACGAGUCGCUGCUGGAUUACUUCUACUCCACCGGAGGCGUCUCAGGCAGGGUGAAAAAUGCAGAUAUUCUGAAGACAUUUAAGCCCUUUAUUGGCCACAGUGACGUGCAUUUACGCGCUAAAUACAGAGAGGAAUUCAAGCUCAUCAUUGACCGAAUCGCUGUGGUGAAGUCAGAGAGUGGUGAGAAGUAUCUUGUCCUAAAGAAGAAAUACCGGCAGAUGCUGCAGGAUCGAGACGCUAAACUUCACGGGUCGGACGAGGACGCACAGAGAGGUUCGAGCCCGGCCCGAGCUCCGGCGUCUGCUCAGUGGGACGCAACGGAUGCCUCGACUUCAUCUCAGAACCCGAAGGAACCGCAGGAUGAUCCGAUGCUGUGUGGAGAGCCGGACGAGGCUGCAGAGGAACAGCAGACAGGAACAGCCUCCAUGCAGCACGCUCUACUGCAACUUCCUGUUAUCCGAAUCCAGGAGCCCUCUGCACAGAGCAAGGAGGAUGAUGAGCUGGACAAAGAUUCAGGGUCAAAGUCAGAGUCGGAGCAAGACGAGGAGAGUACGGGCAGCAUGGGGUCAGCUGCCGUCGCUCUGGAUCCUAUAGAGAAGGAGUGGAUCUACUCGGCUGCAGGUGCUCGAGUCCCUGACCUCUCCCAGCUGCUCAGACAGGACCCCUCGCUGGCUAACAAGAAGGACUUCACCUCUUUUACCGCUCUGCACUGGGCCGCCAAACAUGGCAACCAGGACAUGGCCACUCUGGUGGCUAACGCAGGCGCUGACGUCAACACCAAAUCAGGAUACACGCCUUUACACAUUGCAGCGUUACACGGCCAUCGGCAUAUUCUAGACCUGCUCAUCGUGACAUACGGAGCCAAAGAAAACUUAAGGGACUACAGCGGCCAUCUUGCCGGCCAUUAUCUGAACAUCAAAGAACCCGAGGGUCCGGAGGAAGAGUGCGAGCUGCAGUUUCAGGUCAUUCAGGCCAGGGAGCGGAACAGGAACAGGAAGCUGGCGUCGUUGUUUCACUCCAAGAAGAAGUGGGGCUCGGCGGAGGAGCUGGCUCCGAUAGAGGAGGAGAGGCCGACCUCGCAUCAGCUCAUCGUCCCGGCCUUCAGACCCAGGAAGUUCUCCCGCUGAGAGAAAAACCACACGAUGUCUGCUAGCUCUCCUCUACACACACCUACCUAACACUUACACACAUGCUGUAAAGCCACAUGUAUAUACCUGUGUGAACAUGUGGGUUUUGUUGUGUACACACGCAACAAGUAAACAGGUGUUGAUGUUACAGACGCGGCUGCACACGCUGCAGCCUCACAGUACCGAUGAUGCUAUGCUUAUACGUGUAUUUUAAAUAUUUAUGCCGACCUUAAAAAGUAUUUUUUGAUGCCUUAACUUUAAACCAAUGUUGCUAAAUGUUACUCAUGCCUUAAAAUGUCUAAUGAGCAAGUUCGUUUUUUAAGCUCCUCCUUGACUUUUGAUGUUAAAAGGGAGAAACUCUUGACAAGUAGACACCAGGAUUACUGAAUAAUUCCGUACCUUUUGUAUGUUCCUGACGCUAUGCUAAACAUCCAAAACUAUCCACAAGUUUUUAAACUGAUUCCCUGACUUCUACUUAUUUGGAUUCACAGCAGUAAUAAAGAGGAGGAGACGUGGGGACAUUUCUAGUGGAAGCAGCAAGACUUAUACAAUAUGUAUUUAAUGUGUGAAUAGCAUUAUGCUUUAUUAUUAUAGUAUAUGACCCCAACAACUGAACUAAAAUAUACAUUUGUGGGUUGAAAAAAUACAAAGAUUAUCCCGCUUUCCCAAAAAAAUGAACACCACCCUCACUUGACCAAUAAGACAAAUAAGGAACAUAAUCCGCCCUGAUUUCUGACACAUCGUCCACAGCAGUGAAAAUCUGUACUGGAGCCGGACGCUUCUUGGUAGGAAGCGUGUGAGUCUCAAAGGUUACACCUCGCUCUGCAGAAUGUUUGGCACUGGUGUUUAAAGUUGGAGUAAAUUAGGAGUAGUUAGUGGGCUUAAACAUACAACAACUUUAAAUCAGAGCCACUGAGAACCACCAAGAGAACCAGAAGAGGAAAAGCUUUUUGUUUUUCCCCCCUCACUAUUGCUCACGCUAAAAGAGUUUGCAGUUUGAUUCGGUUUUGUCCGCUACCUUCAGUCUGUUUUAUCCCAGCUGUGUGUCCCGAUGCAGGAUACCGAUGUGUGUGUGUGUGUGUGUGCCAUUUGUUGUGAUCGUUGAAGAGGUUUUCCCCUGAUAAGAAGAGUGUUUUUCCUGUUGCAGUUUGAGCACAGAUAAUCUGAUAAACUCUUUUGUCAAGAGAGGUGAUUGUUCUUUAUUGAUGCCCCCCCCCCCCACCUCCUGCAUUUAAAGUGCUGCAUUAACUUUUGGUUAAGACAUUUGCACUAUUGCAUUUUGAGUCUUCUGCUCAUCGGUUUCUUUUUAUUUGUUGUAAAAGAUUUAUUCGACUCUAAUUUGGUGCCUUUUUUCCCCCUCAUCGUGUAAUCCAAACUGCCUCCAUCACAUCUUUUGCACAAUAUUUAUAUAAUGAAGAUACUUUGAAAUAAACUGUAUUUUAUAUCAAA